UUGAAUCUCAACAAACCUAAACUCACACCUCCUCCGCCGCCACACCAAUCACGAGGUCUUCUCCCGUCGUUUCGCACCGUCUCUCCAACUUUUUCCUUCUCUAAGAAAUCCGUUUUCGUUCUCUCCGCCGCCGCUCUAUCCACCGCGGUUGCCUAUUCCGCUGUUUUCCCUUCCGAUCAUGACCAAUCUAAUCGCAACCCUAGAGGAAACAGCCGUGUCUACGAGUCUAUCGAGGACGCGGUUCAGAAAUCCGGGAAUUCAUUGAGGAGAGUGGUUCACCAUGCUCGACAAACCGGUGUUGCGGCCUCGGUUCUGUGGCAGUCGCUUAGGUCGGUGCUCUCUUCGGCCAAUCAUGAGGUGCGUGCGGGAUUUGAGCUCCGGGUGGCUGCUCUUUUAGCCGAUAUAGCCUCCGCAA